GCAGCGGCGGGGGCGGCGGCGGCGGCGGCGGCGGCGGCGGCGGCGGGCGAGGCAAAGGGAGGACUGUGUGCCGCCACGCGGACGGACGGCGGGCAGCGGCGUGCGCGCGUCUAGAGACCUGAAGAGCAGACGGGCCGGAGGGGGCCGCCGUCGCCGCCGCCAUGCAGGAAAUCAUCGCCAGCGUGGACCACAUCAAGUUCGACUUGGAGAUCGCCGUGGAGCAGCAGCUCGGGGCGCAGCCGCUGCCCUUCCCCGGCAUGGACAAGUCGGGGGCUGCUGUCUGCGAAUUCUUUUUGAAAGCUGCCUGUGGCAAAGGGGGCAUGUGCCCAUUCCGGCACAUCAGUGGGGAGAAGACAGUCGUGUGCAAGCACUGGCUCCGGGGGCUCUGCAAGAAGGGGGACCAGUGUGAGUUCUUGCACGAGUACGACAUGACCAAGAUGCCUGAGUGCUACUUCUACUCCAAGUUUGGGGAAUGCAGCAACAAGGAGUGCCCCUUCCUGCACAUCGACCCUGAGUCCAAGAUCAAGGACUGCCCUUGGUACGACCGUGGCUUCUGCAAGCAUGGUCCCCUGUGCAGGCACCGGCACACGCGGAGAGUCAUCUGCGUGAAUUACCUUGUGGGAUUCUGCCCAGAGGGACCCUCAUGUAAAUUUAUGCACCCUCGAUUUGAACUGCCCAUGGGAACCACUGAGCAGCCCCCACUGCCGCAGCAGACUCAGCCACCGACAAAGCAAAGUAACAAUCCGCCAUUACAAAGGUCGUCCUCCUUGAUCCAGUUAACGAGUCAGAACUCUUCUCCCAAUCAGCAGAGAGCCCCGCAGGUCAUCGGGGUCAUGCAGAGUCAAAACAGCAGUGCAGGCAACCGGGGACCCCGGCCGCUGGAGCAGGUCACCUGUUACAAGUGUGGUGAAAAAGGACACUAUGCCAACAGAUGCACCAAAGGGCACUUGGCCUUCCUCAGUGGACAGUGACAGCAGCUGGAGGCAGCUCAGAGCAGCCCGAGGGGCCCCGCUGUUGGGAGCGUGCACUUAACUGCUGAAUGUAGUGUUGGGCUGACUCCAGCGACAGUGGGCAGGCACGCUCACUGGAGUGACGUCUAUCAUUUUGCCACAAUCUUUUUGUUUUUUUUAAAGGACAUGUGCUUCCGUUAGGGUCCCCAAGUCAAGCAUCAUGCUUUCCUGGGCGUCUGGGCCUUUUUUCCAGUCCUUCCUGUGCACCAGCCCUCCAGGGGUAGGGAGUUGCUAGGAAGUCGCCAUUAAAACACCAGCUCUUGGUGAGCCCAGGUACUGGUGGUCAUUCAGAGCUGUGGCCGGGUCAUGCCUGCUUCCUCCAUGUCCUGCUGAAUCCUGAAGCUGUGCCUAUCAAUGUGAUCUGGACAAGGGAGCCCUUCCUGGCAAACUGGGUCACUCACUGCCCAGCCUGGCCCUGGCCAGGUGGUGGCAGCCAAGGUAAACGCUGGUCUCUGCGGCUUGAGGUUCCCCUUUCUGCUGGCCUUACUCUGGUGGGUGCCUACCUGACAGUACUUAAGGUACACCUUCAGCUGGAGCCACCAACCAUCCCUUUCAUAGUUGAUCUAGCCCAUCUACCUACCUCCUGCCGUAGAGCAUCUGUACUGUCACUCAGAUGCCUGUGGCACGCAGAGGACACCACCCAUCCUGGACCUACAAAAUGUGAGACCAUCACCUGCGUAGGCUGGGCACAUGGGCUGAUACCAGUUCAAUCACAAGGACGAUUUUUACCAAGUUGAUUAAAGCUUGUUUUUUAAGCUGUGUCUCAUUACUGAGGGCUCCUGGAAAGGAGAGGGCUGCUUGCACAAAGCUGUAGCACUGCUACUUCAUGGUCCCUCAAGUGUGAGUCCCACAAGAACAAGCUCUGUGAAGGACCUUUGUACAGCAGUUGGCAGGUCUUAUUCUUGAGUUCAAUUCACCCAGGAGAUCCCAGGCUGGCAUUGCCUUCUCCCACCCCCACAGGCCCCAUGUGGGGUGCUUGGUAUAGUGUCAACAAUGGACUGCUAUCAGGCUGUGGUGAACUUCAUGCUAGUGAAACCACCUCACCAUAGUACCACCUGCUGCCACUGCCUGAGGGCUCUUGAGAUGCUGCUGCUUGGUGACCUGGCCCGAGAGGCCUCGAUGGCACAGGUUCAUACAGAAAGUUGGGGAAAGGGAAGACAUUUAGGCUGUUCCCAAAUCCCCUGCCUUGAGCCCUAAGAUGGCCAAGAGCAGUCCGCUUUACGUGGUAGGCAGGUUGGCCACAGUGCUGUCAAAUGCCUACCGUUCCCCU